AUGGCGUCACUCACCCAUUCGGCCGUUUCGGCCAAUGCCACGCAUAUUCCCUCAGCUUUCAGCAUCUACAACAAUGAUUUCCUCAACAUCAUCGGCUCGGCUCCUAAGCUGGAGGUCAUUCUCGAAAACAAUGACUACCCCUUUGCCCACGAAGCUAGCGUUUACAUUCCGAGCUCGGACUCGCUCUUCGUGUCGAGUAAUAUGUACACAGAUCCAGUCACAAACGAGAAGACGAUCAAAAUCACCAAGGUGAACGUCAACGCCCACCCCGUGACAUCAGAGAUCCUCAACUCUACCAUCCCGAUGCCGAACGGCGGAGUCAACCAUGACGGCGGGAUCCUCUGGGCUGCCCAGGGCACGAUGAACGAGACUGGAGGCAAUUUCUACGGCCGCCAAUUCAACUCGCUCAACGAUGUGGUUGUGGCCAACGACGGGUCGCUCUGGUUCACCGACCCCAUCUACGCCUAUAAACAGGGAGUCCGACCGAAGCCCAAGCUCCCGAACCAGGUGUAUAGGUACGAUCCAUCGACCAAAGACGUGCGCGUCGUUGCGGAUGGAUUUGGUCGUCCGAAUGGCAUUUCUUUCUCUCCCGAUGAGAAGACCGUGUACAUCUCCGACACCGCUGAGACAAUUGGCGACGGAUCGAAGGAUCUGACACAACCGGCUACGAUUUAUGCCUUUGAUGUGACGGCGAUCCAUGAUCAGCCUUUCCUGACGAACCGUCGUGUCUUUGCCAUGCCUGGCGAUGGCAUCCCCGAUGGAAUCAAGGUCGAUCAGGAUGGUAAUGUGUACGCUGGCUGCGGCGACGGAGUCAAUGUUUGGUCUGCUGGUGGUGUUCUCCUGGGCAAGAUCCUUGUCAAAGAUGGGACAUCGAACUUCUCAUUUGGUCGCAAUGGCCAGAUGUUUAUUCUCAAUGAGAACAAGAUCUAUCGCGCGCAGCUGAACCGCAAGGUGCACGGCACUCUCUUCUGA